AUGGCCAAGGGUCAGAGCUAUGACGUAGGCCGGGCACAAAUUGCCCUCGCCAUGGCUGCUGUUCAUACCACAACCGACCUCUUCGCUCAGACCCUAUUCGGUAUCAUUGGCCAUCCACAGAUUAUCCCAGCCCUCCGCCAGGAGAUUGUCAUGAUUAUCAGCCAGGACGGAUGGGAGAAGACAGCGCUCUAUAAGCUGAGACUGACGGACAGCGUGAUCAAGGAAAGCCAACGCAUAAAGCCACCGAACGUGACCAGCGUCAAAAACAUUGUAGACACUGGUAUCGAUAUAGAGCAGUUCCUUACCAUUCGCACAUUUGUCGGCCUGAUCGGCCUAACGAUAUAA